CGCCGUUCUCCUCCUCACCAUCCCUCACUCCUUUCUCCUUGGAAGCUCCCGCUCUCACCCAUCAGCUGGGAAUGCAUUGUCCUGAGGAAUGGCAGCGACGUGCGCCCUUUACUCUCGCCCCUUGAACAACGCCGGGUCUCGCAAAACAAACAUCGCCUCGCUUCCCACGGCGGAGAAUUGAAAAGGGUUGUUGAAGAUGAUUUGGCUGGAAGUGGGAUUUGGGGACCUGAUGCCACAAUGAAGACAUAUACACAUGGAGUACCAGUCAUAUUUUUCAUAAAUCUCUUCUCCCUAUUGGCACCUGCUGCAAGUGAGAAACCUGGUGGCAGCAUCCACUUUAUGAAUGGGAAUUAUGAUGGUCACCCCAUGCUGUACUUCAAUCAAGGAGAUGUGCAGGAUCUGCGACUCAAGGCAAAAAGUACUCACCGGCACAUUGCGGACAAUAUUUGGGAUGCUGUACAGAUCAUGCUAUCAAAUCCAAAGGAAUACCUACCGCCCUGGGAUCCCAAACGUUUUAGUGCUCGAUGGAAUGAAAUCUAUGGCAACAACCUGGGAGUACUUUCUAUGUUCUGUGUAUUGUUUCCGGAAAGAACAGAUGCUUUGGAGUUUGCCAUGGACUACAUGGCGAGGAUGGCAUCUCAGCCUAGUUGGCUUGUCAAGGAUGCUGCUUGGGAUGAAGUUCCACUCGCUCACUCACUAGUGAGUUUCGCCACCGCUUAUGACUUCCUGUACAACCAUUUGAACAAAACUCAACAGGAAAAAUAUUUGGAAGUUAUCAGUGACGUCUCUCAGUACAUGUAUGAGAAGUCUUUCACCCGUGGAUGGGGAUUUCAGUAUCUACACAACCAUCAACCUACCAACUGUGUGGCCUUGUUGACAGGAAGCCUGGUUCUCUUAAAUCAAGGUUUCCUACAAGAAGCUUAUUUAUGGGCCAAACAAGUUAUCUUUAUUCUGGAGAAAUCGAUGGUCUUACUGAAGGAUAUUAAGGAUGGAUCAUUGAAUGAAGGUGUGGCUUAUGGCAGUUACACCACGAGAUCUCUCUUUCAGUAUAUGUUUCUGGUGCAAAGGCAUUUCAACAUCAGCCACUUCAACCAUCCUUGGAUUAAGCAACAUUUUGCAUUCUAUUAUAGGACUGUGCACCCAGGUUUUCAGCGAACUGUGGCUAUUGCUGAUUCAAAUUACAACUGGUUUUAUGGGCCCGAGAGUCAGCUGGUGUUUCUGGAUACCUAUGUCAUGCGUAAUGGCAGUGGCAACUGGCUGGCAGAGCAAGUCAGAAAGAAUCGAAUUCAGCGGGGACCAGGCGCACCAGCCAAAGCACAGAGAUGGUGCACACUCCACACCGAGUUUCUUUGGUACGAUAGUUCCUUGACUCCAAUCCCACCAGCUGAUCAUGGGUUACCGACAUUACAUUAUUUUGAAGACUGGGGAGUAGUAACAUAUGGUGGUGCUUUACCAGCAGGAGUUAACCGCCCCUUCCUGUCCUUCAAAUCGGGUAAACUGGGAGGCCGUGCAAUCUAUGACAUUGUUCACGAGAAGAAAUAUUCACAGUGGAUUAAAGGAUGGACAAAUUUUAAUGCUGGGCACGAACAUCCUGAUCAGAACUCUUUCACCUUUGUGCCUAAUGGUGUGCCUUUCAUCACAGAGGCCUUGUAUGGCCCAAAGUACACUUUCCUCAACAAUGCUUUAAUGUUUUCUCCAGCCACCUCAGAAACGUGUUACAAGCAUUGGGAAGGGCAGGUGACUGAAGCAUGCAACUCAAAGUGGUUGAAAUAUAAAAAUGGCAUUUCUGCGGACUGCCGUGGCCAAGUCAUUGCAGCUUUGGAGCAGAGUGGCGUGGUCUUUAUCCGUGGAGAGGCUGUGCAUGCUUACAAUCCUAGCCUAAAACUGAAGAGUUCCCAAAGGAACCUCCUCCUCCUCGAACCGCAGCUUUUACUGUUAGUGGAUCAGAUCCAGUUGGAAGAAGAUAGCCCACUGGAGAAAAUGAGUGCAUUUUUCCAUAAUACAGAUGUGGCUUUUGAGGAAACCACAAAAGACGGAGUGAAUGGAGCAUAUGUUCAGCAAAAAGAUGGUCAGUAUACAAUGUUGUGGAUGGAUGAUAACGGCAAAAGUGAAAAAGGCUCAAUGGCAUUCAAGGCAUACCCUCGUGGAUACUCAUACAAUGGAACGCAUUUUGUGAAUGUUACAACAACACUGAGGUACCCAGUAACCAGAACAGCCUAUAUCUUCUUUGGGCCUUCAGUGGAGAUUCAAAGUUUUAGCAUUCGAGGAGAUUUGGAUCGAAUCGAUGUAUUUCUCUCAACACGUGAAAACACCUAUACAGUUUACCUCUCGACUGGCGAAACGUCUGUGAAACCACUUUUUGCUAUGGUACUAGCUAACCACCAGAAAAUUGUUUUUGACAAGGCUUCUGCAAUCAGGGAUGUUUCAGUGCAGGAGGCACGAGAUUAUGUGAGUGUUGUUGAGGAAAAUCUACAGCAUGCAAAGCCAGUUUUUCAGCAGUUGGAGAAACAGAUCUUAGCUCGGGUCUUGAACACUGAUAACUUCCGAAAGACUGCCGAGCAUCUUUUAAGACAAUCAGACAAAAGGAAGACAGCGGAAGCCAUUGAAAAAUUCUUUUCCGUCCCGCUUCAGCAAAACAAAGCAAAAAAAGGAAAAAAAGGAAAAGGUGACAAUCUCAAAGUUUCCAACAGCCUUCCAAAUAUUUUUGCACAAAUUGAACAGACUGAGAAAAGAGAGCGACAGAAAUUAUUGCAGCUAAGGCAUGACGAAUCCUCCGAUGAGAAAAGUGGCAAUUUGAGGGAGAUUUUUGAUUUUGUGGACAAUUCUUAUGUGAAACAAGAACAAGGGACAAACAAAAACGUAAAACAUGGUUAUUUCAAACCAGGAACCACUGUUCGAAGCACUGCACAAUCACUUUCAGCUUCCUACACAAGAGUCUUCUUAAUAUUAAAUAUUGCAACUUUCUUUUUCCUAUUAGCUUUACAGCUAAUUCGGUUUCAGAAAGCACCAAGCUUGCACGCCCAAAGAUUUCUAUAUGCAGUUCUUCCUUUUGGAUAGCUUUGUGCUACUCUGCUUGUAUUCCUCUUGUUCCCAAGCACAGUGCUAGCUCAUGGAACCUAUCUCUUGAGAGAUUAAGUAUAUGCAGAAAUUUUAUUAAAUGAUGUACUUAAUGCAAGUACGAGAUUUGCACAUCAGAUUUAAAAGAAAAGGUAUUUAACAGGAAAGCCAAAGAUUUGAAAGAUCAUCAGUAAUAAAGAAAACUCUGUUAUCUGAACUCCUGUUAACCUGAAUUACCCUUGAGGAAGGCAUUGGAUGAAAUUGUCUCAUUGCACAGCUAUUUUCUACCUUUUUCCACUUAGUGGAUUGAAUCAUAUAUUUUCUUUGUACUCUAUUUUUCAUUCCUAAUUCUUGGCAUUCUGCAGUGUAAAAAACAGAAUGUCAAGAGGUUUGAUCAUCUGCCUGCCUUCAUAUUCCACCAGGAAUGUUUAUUUCAUUGGGUUGUUUCAAGGCAUACUAUCAAACUAAAAUGUACAGAGUAUUGAACAAGAUAUUGUUUCAUUGUUUUGAUUUUGACUUAUCGUGAUGUAUUUUUGAGAUAUAUAUAUUUGUGUGUAAAUGAUGUUCAGGUGGAACUGUGCCUUUAAUUUGAAGCACCCUAUUAUUUUGUCAUAAUUCCUCUGGCUAAUAUUAAGAUCUAAGUAAAAAUCAUUGCCUUAGUUUGAUUCCAGCUGGAUCAAUCAGUUUGUCAUUCUUUCCAAGAUCACUCAUUAAAGCACAAUGUUAUAAAGAACUCCUUAAACUCCUAAAA